GAGGAGACUCGAUAAAGCACAUAGGUUCCCGCUGUAGGGGGGGUUUCUUCCUGACUGACAAGACUUUUUCUAGUGUGACAGCUAUGCCUGAAUCUGGUUUUAACUCUCUUUCUCUCUCUGUCUUCCGCAGGAACCCAGAUGGAGAUGUUCGGCCCUGGUGUUACGUCGCAGAUCUCGAGGAUGGAAUCUACUGGAAAUACUGCGAUAUUCCCAGCUGUCAGAUGCCGGGGAAUUUGGGCUGUUUUAAGGACAGCGGCGAUCCAACACCUUUAUCUGGCAGCUACCAGACCUCCAACAAACUGACUAUUCAAAACUGCAUCAGCUUCUGUCGCAACCAAAGAUACAAGCUCGCCGGGAUGGAAUCGGGCUACGCUUGUUUCUGUGGUAACGACCUUGAUUAUCAUCGUCACGGUGAUGCCCCGAGCACAGAGUGUAACCAUGUGUGUUUCGGAGACCACACCCAGCCCUGCGGUGGAGAUGGUCGUGUCAUAGUCUUCGACACUAAAGUAGGAGCCUGCGGAGGAAAUUAUUCGGCGUCCUCUGGAGUGAUCUACUCCCCCGACUUCCCAGACAAAUACCAAGCUGGCAGGGUCUGCUACUGGACCGUUCAGGUUCCAGGUGCUUCAGUCAUUCUGUUCAACUUCACCUUCUUCAAUAUCGUGGAUCAGACCGAUAUGGUGGAACUGCUGGAUGGAUACUCCAAUCAAGUGAUGGCGCGAUUCGACGGGCGUAAUCCACCAAGGGACAUCGUGAACGUCACUGCAGACUUCGUCAUUUUGUACUUUUACUCAGACAGGACGAACGAAGCACAAGGCUUUUCUGUUCUUUAUCAUGCUUUCAGAAACCAAGAGGAUGAUGAUGGUGAUGAAGGGCACAUCAGCACAGUGACGCCCCACACUGGAAGCACCACAGCGAAAUCCAAUACCAGUCAGAGCGAAAAAUCCUCCCUCCUCUACUACGUAAUCACAUCAAGUCCUGCAAACAUGCCAGGUCAGUGGCAUGGAUCGAGUCGGACCACGGGCCACAGCACCAUGUGGACCAUAUAUGCAUUGGCUGCCCUGCUAACGCUAACAGUCAUAGCCAUGAUAGCUAAGCUGCUACUGCAUCUUACCGUAAAAUCUCCGUCCAUCCCGUCAAUCAGCGGUUCGGAUUCGUGCGCGCAGAGCGCCGCAUCUGAACCUUGGAUCAUCUUCUACAGGCCUUCAACCAUCUCUCUGUUUAAGAAGAAACUCAAGAACCACCACGGAGACCUCAGCCCUCUCGUGGGAAACUAACCUCAAUAACCAUUACGGCUGCUACGUACUAGCCCCAUGUAAUGAAUGCACACACUGUACGCAAUGCUGGUCUACGGGAGCUUGCGGUCCCUGACUAACCUAAAAUAACCACCGCAAUGCCCGGUCAAAAGGUUGAUGGAUUGUUCGCAAAGGAACUUGGCAGCUAAAACGGACUGCUCAGACUGAGCUUGAUGCCGAUGCGUUGACUCUCAAUUUGCAUCUCAGCCAAUCACACAUGCGUGACAGGUGCACACUUAAACCGAGUGAUUUGAUUAGCAAAGGAAUGAGAUGUUUGGUUUCCGUUGCCAUGGUAGAGCAACGAAUCAACAACGGACUCGUAACUUUCGGGUGUUUCGCAGCAUUUCACAGACCCCUGAUAAGCGUCUCAAAUAAAGGCUGAGACUCCCCUCGGACCACACUGACAGACAAAACCACUUCUAUAGCCAAUAAAAUGCCACUGUGCCCAACCAGCCCCUCUGGAGGAGAGAUCCGAUCCCCUUCCAGACGCAUUAUAACCUCUUAUGUAGGUCAUCUCUUGUUGAGGAGGACAGAACUCCUUUUACCAGGGUGAAAGAGCUGCCUGUACCAGCAGAGGAUUGAUGUCACAAACAUGUUUAAGACGAAAUGAUUUUGAUCUUUGACGAUUGAAAAAAGGUCCCGAGAGAGAUGCAGCGUAGACGGACGUCUGAGCACCAAAGCCUGCGAUCGCUACAAGUUCAAAUGGAGCUGUAGUUAAGAAAUCCUGAUGGACCUCUCCUACUGUCUUUUGGUAUUUUUGCUGCGUGUCGGGUUUUGAUCUUUCUGCCUUUAAGUGCCUUUAGGACUGAGAAAAACCCUUUUUUGUGUGUGUCUCUUCUAUGCUGUCACAAUGUCUGGAUGAUGUAAACAAGCAUUGAUCCUUCAGAGCUUUGAAUUGCAAAUGAGAAUAAGCACUGGGGAUUUUCACCAGAUAAAAUGUAGUCCUGUGGGUGUCAUUGGACCAUAUUAUUCCAGUCAGGUUGAGCAAGAGACGCAUUGUGACGAACGUUGUGUAAUUCUGUGUGGGAACGAUCAAACGUCAUUUCAUUUUUCUGUCCAACAAAGACGGCGCUGAAAUUCUUCCGAAACAAUUGCUCUUUCUCCCCGUUUAGCUUACAGAGUUUUGAAGCACUUUUCCCGUCGGCCAAAAGUCAAGCGGAUCGCUUCAGUGCCAGUGUGAGGCCGUUCUUACAAGGUGCAGGGUGGCACUCAGUUAAAAGCACCUGCGCGGGCAUCAGUCACAGGUCAAGAUGUGGGUUGACAUUAGGGCUUCUUACAAAAGAACUGUUUCGACAGUUUUUACUCGAUGUGCUCAUUGUUACUUUCAUUUUAGAGAUGUUGUGAAAGCCUUUUAUUUCAAUGUCCGGUUGGGUACGUUCUGUAACUAAACAGACAGGAAAUGGGCGAUCGACAAUACAAAAAUGUUGUGGGUAUGCCAUUAUUACUGCACUUGCCAACUAAACAAGUUAUAGGGACAGCGCACCUAAAAUGAAAAUGUUGUUUCAAACACGUAUGCGGUUAACCCCAAAAUAGUCCGUAUGUCCUCAGUCCAAAAAUGAUUAUUUCCAUAUAAACAUGACACAAAAUUUGAGUGAAAUGUCCCUUAAAUCACAAAUUACAGAAUCACCACAUUAUGCACUUUAACUUAUUACUGAAGUACUUAUCUUGUGUAAUGUUUUAUGAGCAACCAAAAGCAUUUUUUUAAAGUUUGUACAAAGAUUAUAUUUCAGCAUAUCCCACUUGCAUCUUUAAAAAAAAACUAAAUUGUGAAAUACUGUAUAACAAAAACCAGUAAUAAGACCUCAGUUGAGCAAGCCGCACACCCAACGUGUCCUGUUCUUCCUCAAUCCAAGUGUGUUUGGCUGACCUGAUGCUGUAUUUGGGUUGUGUUCUCAUAUGCACUCUGUGUUAAUUACGGCAUACAUACUUCAUAACCAAAGUUCUGCAGUGCCCAGGGCUGCCCAUGCAUAAUAAUGUCACCAUUCGCAGUGGGAGAGAGACAGAGACGGGCUGUCAAAGAAGAGAGACAAACCUAAAGUGACAUGAGAAAUCUAACAAGGUCAUCUAUGUCUGGAAAGCCUGGUGAAUAAUACAGAAUCCAGGCAUCCUUAAAUAUAGCAAGGCCUGAAUGCUUAAGCACUUUUUGCAGUGGAAAAAAAGUGUCAAAUCUAUUUGUGGUUUAUCAGAACGUCUUUCCUGCAGAGAAACCAAGACAGUUUUGGGGUGAGAAUACUUGUAAUAAAAAGAUGUUGUUUUCAUGGAAUUGUAAAUAAAAUAGUGAGAAUUUUAAUUUAUACCAUAAAUUAUUGUUACUUUGGAUGUAAAAUGGGAUAUAUUCUAUCUUUUGUAUAAGUACCUUUGUAGUUUUUAUUUAAUGUGUUCCGAGUGCAAAAAAAUAAAUGUGCAUGUUUCUAAUGCU